AUGUCUGGUCAUAUUUCAUCGGAGCAUUCUCGCUCUGAUUCACGAUCCUCUCACACGCCACGAAUCUCCGGCGAUUUGACACCUCGCCACUCCUUCGGUCGCACCUCUUUCUCCAACCCAAAUGUCUUCGCCGACGAAUACUCAUUAGAAACCAUUGACUCCGAUCGCAUCCAACGCCCCCACAGUCCCUCUUCCAUCGCAUCCUCCUCUACUCUUCGAGAAAAUACCCAGUCAAGGACCGUCAGCACGGCCCCGACCGAGAACGAGAACCCUUUUGGUGAUGACGCUCGGGUGUCCUUCGAUGAACCUCAUCGGUCAAGUCUGCCCCAAAAGGGGUACAAUUUCGCCAACAACCGUAACUCCACCUCCUCUCUCAACUCUACGCCUUCAAUGAUCCAGCGAAAUCAAAGUGUUUCUUCUCGUUUCUCGAUUCCCCGCGCCCUCAGCCCCUACACCGGAGCCACCGGACCCAGCCAUCCAUAUGGUAUGUAUCCACAAGUUGGGGUUAGCCGGUCGCCUAGUGUUGGUAGUACUUCGACGAUACGCCCAAUCGAACGUCCACUUGAAGAAUCCAAUGGUCCACAGCACCCCUAUGCGAUGUACUCGCAGAAUGUGGUCGAGGAAGGAAUGGAUGACGAUAUCAUCCCAGUCGGAUUUCCAGGCCAUAAUCCACCAUAUCAACCGCCCGCUGGUCGUCAGGCUGAUGACGUGGGUGAUAUCAUUGGACCGGAUGGUCACGCAGAGCCGCUACCACCCUAUUCACGCUAUCCAACUGGUGUUGUACCCAAGCCUCCAGGGGCUGAGACGACGGCCGAUAUCAGCACUCCACCGGAGGAACACCGACUCAACAAUGAAAGCCUAAGAGCACCACCGAUCUCAGAAACCUCAUCAAGGCCUUUGGUGCCUGCAUAUUCUGGACUUGGGAACGAUGGUGGGAACGGGGAGGAAAGAGUCGCUGCGACUACAGGCAUCAUGGCCUUCGAGGAGAAACUCAAACGCAAGGGGAAACAGACUGCAUGCUGUGGCCUGCCGGUGUGGACGUUUGUCCUCAUUGCAACUGUUAUGCUCAUCGGAGGGUGUAUUGGGGGUGCCAUUGGCGGUGUUUUGGGAACCAAGAAGGCCGCCGAAGCUGCAAAGCAAGAAGACCAAGAGGCUCAAAAAUCUAGCGCGUUACCAAUUAUCACGGUCACUGCAACUCCUCAGAUGGAUGCGUCCAUGAUAUCCACCCCCACCUAUCUGAAACAAAUCCCAACGGGUCACUUUGUGGUUCCUUCCGGUUAUCAGAAUGGAUCAGGGCUUUGCGUGGACGAGUCGAAUUACGGGAAAGCCUGGAAAUGCCUGCAAUCGCCGAGCAAAGUUGAUAUUUUUGUCGGCGAAUACAAAGGUCAUCAUUCCAUCGUUUUCGACAACAGUUCUCCAACCCCGACUUUUACAUACGGUGCCCAGGCGCCAUAUUGGUCUGCUUCGCCUACACAAGCACUGAGUAUGGCCAUUGAUACCACUGAUAUUGGCAUGGGCCCUGCUCUAUUCUUCCUUGCUCCGUUCGACAAGUUGGUCAUUGUCCCAGACGAUACAUUCUCUAACUCCCUUUCCAAGCGCUCGUGGGUGGAAGACGGGUGGGUGAAUGCAAACGCCUACAAGAACCUGAAGCAGACUGCAUCAAUCGGCGACAAGCCGUGGUUCUGUUGGUGGAAUAACACGAUGAUGGAGUUCUUCUUGUAUGUCAACCAGUCGACGUCGCAUUCCUCGACCACUACCGCUUCCACCAACAGCGACAUGGCGGCAAGCACAGCUGGCGUAACUACUGACUCCAAACGCGACGAAUCCUCCACUUCUGAUUACCCACGGAGGAUCAAGAUGGAGGAGCGUCGAGACGACCCAUCACGCGAAGCUCCUUACUGUCAGCAAAUGCAGAUUCGCAAUGACGGGGGUUUGGCGCUUCUCUCGGGCAAUAUCAUCAACAUCAAAGAAAAUGAGCCCACGCCGACUACUACCUACACCAAUUAUAAAGGUGGCACUGCCCAGACAUACACUGCCCAGGCAUCUUACGCCAGCCCGUGCUACUGCGUGUCUCUGACUGACUAG